AUGAACAGCCAGGGCCUCCACGGGCGAGGCGGCGGCGCGCCGUACGACCGCGACCGAGAGAUGGAGGAGCGACACCGCGCGAUCCAGCACGAAGAGAUGCGACGCGACCAGGAACGGGAACGCGAGCGAGAACGCGAGCGCGAGAGAGAACGAGACCGAGAAGCUGGCGACCGCGGCUACCAGACGGCGCCGCCUCACCAGAGCAGCGCCGGGUCCAUCCCCAUCCACCAGCCCGUGGCAUCGCGGAUACCCGGCGCCAUACACAGUCCCGGGGGCCUCCUUGCGAACCACAACGGCGGCAGCGGCAGCGCGGGUGCACCACCGGGACAACAUCUAGGCGCGCCGCCGGGUGGCCCCAUGGGCGCCUUUGGCGGGCCGCUGCAGCAGCAGCAGCAGCAGCAGCAGCAGCCGGGCGAGCACGGCCGACAGAUGCAGCCGCAGCCGCAGCCGCAGCAUCAGAUGUAUAACCCAAUGCAGCAGCACUCGCAGGCGCCGCCGAAUGCGUCUCAACCGGCGCCGACCGGCUCGGGCGGUGCCUUUGGCGGCCCCCUGCCGCAGCAGCAGGCUCAGCAGGCCCAGCAACAACAGGCUCAGCAGCAGCAGGACCGCGGUGGCAAGCAGGGCGGCGGUCCGGUCGGCGGUGUGACGCCCGGUGGCCAUCAGAUCCCCGGUGGCAUUACGCAGGGGCAGCAGCCAAUUUUGAACGAUGCCUUGACGUACCUCGACCAGGUCAAGGUGCAGUUUCAUGACCAGCCGGACGUCUACAACCGGUUUCUCGACAUCAUGAAAGACUUCAAGAGCCAGGCAAUCGACACCCCUGGCGUCAUCAACAGAGUUUCCGAACUCUUUGCCGGCCACCCGAACCUGAUUCAAGGUUUCAACACGUUUCUCCCGCCGGGCUACAGAAUCGAGUGCGGAGCUGGCAAUGAUCCAAACACGAUCCGUGUCACCACUCCCAUGGGAACAACCGUGCAGUCUAUUGCCGGACGAGGUGGCCAGGGCGAUGGCCAGGGCCUGGGUACGGGCCAGCCUCUCUUCCCGGAGCGCGGAAGCCAGUGGCAGCGGACCCAGCACAGCAUCGAGAGCCCCGAGGCCAACUUCAGCACUCCAGCACAGAAUGGUGGCAGCCUCUUCGUGCAGGCGGCCGCGCAGAGCGGACCGUUUGACAGCUCCACCGCACAGAGAAACGCGGCGCAGGCGCUCGGCGCGGGCCCAGCCAGCGGACCAAACGCCCGCGGCCCUCAAACACCAGUGCCAGCUGGCGGCACACCUGGCGCCAACGGUCCAGCUGGCCAGGCAGGCAUGGAACGCAGAGGCCCAGUUGAGUUUAACCACGCCAUCAGCUACGUCAACAAAAUCAAGAACCGCUUUCAGGACAAGCCAGAGAUAUACAAACAAUUUCUGGAGAUCCUGCAGACCUACCAACGCGAGCAGAAGCCCAUUCAGGACGUCUACGCUCAAGUUACGACGCUGUUCAACUCGGCACCCGACCUCUUGGAAGACUUUAAGCAGUUUCUGCCAGAGUCUGCCGGCCAGGCCAAGGGAGGAGCGCGCACCGACGAAGGCACGCCCGCCGGCCCCAGCCAUACACCUCAGCCUGGCGCUAGAGACGGACAGAAGAUGCCUCCUCUCGGCAGCUUUGCGCCGCCCCCAAGCGCCAGCAAGGACAAGAAGCGCCCGCGUGCAGACAAACAGAGCCAGGCAGCUGACGCGCUGCUGGCCGAGGCCAACAGUCGACUUCCUCAAGCCGCUGUCAACGGCAACAAGCGACCCAAGCUGAGCCACGCCCGUGCCGUCGCCGAUGCUUCUGCCAUCGAACCGACCUUGACCCCAGUCAUGCCUGAGCCUUAUCCGCCUCGGUCGUCUGGCCACUCCAACCAAGAAGAGAUCGCCUUCUUCGAACGCGUCAAGAAGUACCUUAGCAACCGAUCUUCGAUGAACGAGUUCCUGAAGCUGUGCAACCUCUUCAGCCAAAAUAUCAUCGACAAGAACACGCUUUUCCACAAGGGAGCGCUGUUCAUCUCGGCCAACCCGGACCUCAUGCAGUUCUGGAAGACGUUUGUCGGCGUUGACUCGGGCGACGUGAUGGUCGACAACCGCCCCGAGCCGCCUACGGAGAAACUCUCCCUCAGCAACUGCCGCGGCUACGGCCCCAGCUACAGACUCCUGCCCAAGAGGGAGCGCCUCAAGCCGUGCAGCGGUAGGGACGAGCUCUGCAACUCUGUUCUGAAUGAUCAGUGGGCGUCGCACCCGACGUGGGCCAGCGAGGACUCUGGCUUCGUGGCUCAUCGCAAGAACCAGUUCGAAGAGGGCCUGCACCGCAUCGAAGAGGAACGCCACGAUUACGACUUCAACAUUGAGAUCAACCUCAAGUGUAUCCAGCUGCUCGAGCCCAUUGCUCAGCAGAUGCUGGCCAUGAACACGCACGAGCGCGAGAACUUUCAUCUGCAAACGGCGCUCGCCGGCCAGAGCACCUCCAUCUUCAAGCGCAUCUGCAAGAAGAUAUACGGCGAAAAGGGCAUGGAGGUCGUCAACGACAUGUUCACGCACCCGUUCGACGUGGUGCCGGUCCUCCUCGCCCGCAUGAAGCAAAAGGACGAAGAAUGGCGCUUUUCGCAGCGAGAGUGGGAAAAGGUGUGGCACGCCCAGACGGAGCACAUGUACCUCAAGAGCCUCGACCACAUGGGCAUUCUGGUUAAGAGCAACGACAAGCGCAACCUCACCGCGAAGCACCUGGUCGACGUCAUCAAGACCAAGCAUGAGGAGCAGCGCCGCGAGCGCGCUCUCCAAGGCAAGGCACCCCGACAUCAACUGGUCUGGGACUUUAACGACAAGGACCUCGUCCUCGACCUGCUUCGUCUGAUGAUGCUCUAUCCCAUGCACAGCGGACAACACAGCGCCCAGGAGAAGGAGCGACUGCUAGACUUUUUCGAGUCCUUCGUCAGCGGCUUCUUUGACCUCAAUGAGGACCUCGUGCAGGAGCGGAUCCCCAAGCUCCCACCCGACUCUGCCGAGGAGGAGGCGGAGGAUGCUACACCCGCCGAGCUCACCAACGGUCGCAGCAAGCGCACCGGCAGAAAGGGAGAUCUCCUUCGCGGCGUCCUCGACCCUGGUCGCAAUGGCAGCAAGCCUCGCAGCCAGAAAGAGGACAGCGCAGCGUCUGGCAGCAAAGAGACGACCCCCGAUGUCGGCUCCGGCAACGAUGAGGAGAUGCCCGACGCGCCCGAUGAGAACGCGGCGACCGAGGUGUCCAACGAGCGAUGGAUGCCGACCGUGCCCAAGCCCGUGGUGGUUGGCGGCGAUGAUGCCCUCAUCAAUGCCGACGGCGAGCUCAAGGCCGACGGCUUCUUCCCCCGCCCCUGGUACAACUUCUUCGCCAACCAGACCAUCUUUGUCUUCUUCAGCAUCUUGCAGACCGUCUACGGCAGACUCGCUGAGCUCAAGAACUGCAAGGAUGCUGUGGCCCGCGAAAUCGACCGCCUGAGCAAACCCAAGCCAGCGCGCGAUCUCGGCUUCUCCGAUGCCGUGAUGGACUACUUUGGCAACCAGGACGAGCCUGACAAGUUUUGGGGCAAAACUCUCGAGCUCAUUGAGGACUACAUCACGGGCGACGUGGAGGAGACACGUUACCAAGAGGUGCUGCGCCACUACUACCUCCGCAACGGCUGGAAGCUGUACACCAUCCAGGAUCAGCUCAAGACCCUGUGCCGCCUCGCGCUCACGUGUAGCAGCACCGACGCCAAGGAGAAGACGCCGGAUCUGAUCCAGCAGUACUUUGCGAACCGGGAGAAGGAGGAGACGAGCUACCAGACGGAGAUAAGCGCGCGCAAGUUUGCCGAGAAGUGCGUCAAGGAUGGCGACAUUUUCGUCAUCUGCUGGUUCCCGUCCAAGGCCGAGGCCACUGUCCGCUGGCUGCAGCGCAACGAGACCACAUUCUAUAUGGAUGAGCUGCAGAUGCGCGAGCGCUGGCAGUACUACAUCUCGUCGUUUAUCCGCGUCGAGCCGACCGAGGGCAUCCCGCGUUCUAAGCUGCAAAAGGUGGUGCUCACGCGCAACAUGCCUUCGGGCGACAACGAGUCGGACGAGGACCAUAUCCCCAAGCCGGUUGCCUACAGCGAGAACCUGACCACGAGCAUCUGCCUCAAGAGCUCCAAGAUGGUCUGGGCGCCCGGCACGUCCGAGUACUUUGUCUAUGACCAGUCGCCCAAGUCGCCCGAGAAGCGCGAGCGCCAUGACAUGGUCGACAAAGCGGUUAGCAACACCCGCGCGGACAAGUUGAUGGAAAAGUUCGUGCACAACCCGCCGUGGGCUAGGGGCAGAAUCCAGGACAGGGUGCGCGAGUACAACGCCAUUUUUGACAAGUGGAAGAACGAGGGCAUCGUGCCGCCUAGCACGGGUGCCGGCGGCGAGACGGUUUAA